CUGUAUGUAUCAUUUGGCCUGAUUUGAGUGCCUGAGUCAAGACCGUGAGUUUAGACAUACCAGCAGUGAACAUGUAACGUUGCAUAAACACAGCAUCUAGCGUGAUGUAUGGGACCACCUUCCUGGGAUAUAUGAGGUUUGGUGGUAGAUUUUCUCUUCAGAUCGUUCAGAGGAGAAAUCUCUCAGGAGCUGACACCAUUAAUGCCCUGCGCCCGUUUUACUUUGCAGUGCAUCCUGAUUUCUUUGGCCAGCAUCCAAGAGAGAGAGAAGUGAAUGAAAACUCCCUGAAAAGGCUAAAUGGUUACCUGGAAAAUCUUCAGAAGCCUGGUGUGAGAUCCCCCCAACCCACAAACCUUAUUUUUUAUGUGAGGGACACAAAGGAAAGAACAGACUCCAAUAACAGUCUGCAAGGCUCAGGAUUCUGCACAGUGAGCUUCACCCUUCAGUCUAAGGAUGUUCUGAGCACAGUUCUGGAUGUUCUGAAGUCCUGUAGCCUCUCAGUUGAACAUAUGCAAGAGCUGCUUAAGGCUGAAACUAGACACACCCCAUUACAACAACCUGGGACAUCUUUCUAUCGACCAAUCAAAUGGGACAAGACUUACUACACUUUCACAGGGUUCAGAGACCCAGAGCAGGAGUUGGAACAAGCCAAAAGAGUGGAUCCAACACUCAGUUUAUGGCUGAGGAACAAUGAGCAAGAGGCCACAAAGAAACAAAACGCCAGCAUGCCACGACGCGAAGAGCUGAACAGACUUAAAAGAGAACUGAUCCAGAAGCUUGGCUUGCUAGACAUCAGGUGGCAGCGUAAAUGGGGAGUUGCGCACAAAUGCUGUCAGCUUCAGAGUCUGAGUCGUCUCUUCACACAGAGCCCCGAAGCUCUACACAACCUGAGAGGAUACAUAAUCGUGUUCACCGACCAAUCAGGAAUGAACGCCUGCGGUCAUGUGAUGCUGGGAACGAUGGAUGUCCACCACCAGUGGACAAAGUUCUUUGAAAGAUUACCAAGCUACUGCAGGCUGUUUCAGCAGUCGAACUGGUUGAAGGAGCGCAUCAGUAACCUGUUGGGAGAGAUUCGGGUGAUCCACAUCGAGCGUUUGGGUCCAGCUCUGCCUCUAGAGGAACACUACAACACGCUCAACACCUUUCACAAGAGACUGAUGCCCAAACGCCUCUCCCUGCAUCCCCGCAGCCUGCAGGGCCUUUCUAUGACCCUGGAGAAUGACCGCUCCACCCCCAUCCUCCAUGAAAUGGGGCACUUCAUCAUCCCCACCAUGUGUGACACCCUACUGCUGCAGAACUUCCUCCAGAGCCAGGCACAGGAGGCCCGUAGACGCGUCCAACGCAAGGACCAGUUGGAGGCAGAGGAAGAGAACAUCAUUUCAAGCUGUCAGCAGGAUCUGUCUCUGCGCAGUCUUUCGAAAGAGACCAGCGUGUCAAGCAGUCAGAUGAUUCCCUGCUGCAGGCGUCUGAUGGAAGAAAAAUCUCCUCAGAUGCAAGGCCUUCACCUUUGCGUUUCACAUUUCUAUUCCGUCAUGCAGGACGGGGAUCUGUGUAUUCCCUGGGACUGGAAGGGCUGAAACAGACUGGAAGUGUUACUGAUAGGUUUUCUACAUGAUAACCUAUGUCUCUCAGGCUAAUGUAGUUGUUAUAAUGGAAGCAGCCUAAUGUAUAGCCGCUAUUAUAAAUGCACUUUGGUCCUAAAAUACUAAUGCAUAGUGUGGUGCUUUUAAGGCAAUGGUUCCCAGUGAUGUGAUAUUUUAGCUUGGCACAGAAAAUGUGUUGACUGCACUGCCAACCUUUUAUAUUUUAUAUAUCUAUAUGUUCAACAGAAUCACCAUUGUGCAAGGUCAUUUUGGUUAAAAAGAAAGUCCAAAAUCUGUGAUUUUAAAGCAAUUAAACAGGGUCUGAUGUUUUUCACCCUAAACGGCUGUAACAGAGCUGAUAGACCUACGUUUUGCCUUUGAACAAUCACUUUUAAAAAGCAUAUUUAUAAUAUCGUAAUUCUUCUUUUCAUGGCAGUUUUAUAUACAACUGUAUAGCUUCUCAGUAUUGAACGUUUCUUGGUUUUUUAUUUUGAAAGUGGUGCUAAAGUGGUACCACAUGAAUGGCUGCUUUAUCAUUUCCUUUAUCAUUUCAAAACCAAAAUAUCACUGCCUCACAUUUACAAAAGGUAAACUUUUAAUGGUACCAACUACCAAAAAUAAAAUGCACAGACAAUGUUCAAGUGCUGAGUCAUAACUUUUGAGGUUUCUGUAGAAUGGAAUGGUAUAAUAUCAUUCUGAUGAUUUAUUGUGUGUCCAAGUAUUCAGGAUUGGCAUAUGCACCUUUAGAUAUAGCGAAUGUGCAUCAUCAAUCUUACAUGCUGUAAAAUUCUCAGUUUUGCUGAUGUUGUAAUUCAAAGUUUAUAAUGUGAUGGCUGUACUCGGUUUCAUAAAUAUCAAAUGUGUGACCACAGAGUUAAAUAAAUGUUAACAUUCAUCUUUUACUAGAA